CACGACCUCAAUGCCUGUACCAACUACAUCCAAUACCAGAGUGCGUGUUUCUACUGAACACCUAACCUCUGACCCAGUGACUACUGUACCUGUUCAAAACACUCCUUCUACACCUAUACCAACUACAUCCAAUACCACAGUGCGUGUUUCUACUGAACAGCUGUCUACCAGACUCCUAACCUCUGACCCACUGACUACUGUACCUGUUCAAAACACGACCUCAAUGCCUGUACCAACUACAUCCAAUACCACAGUGCGUGUUUCUACUGAACACCUAACCUCUGACCCACUGACUACUGUACCUGUUCAAAACACGACCUCAAUGCCUGUACCAACUACAUCCAAUACCACAGUGCGUGUUUCUACUGGACACCUAACCUCUGACCCACUGACUACUGUACCUGUUCAAAACACGACCUCAACGCCUGUACCAACUACAUCCAAUACCACAGUGCGUGUUUCUACCAGACUCCUAACCUCUGACCCAGUGACUACUGUACCUGUUCAAAACACGACCUCAAUGCCUGUACCAACUACAUCCAAUACCACAGUGCGUGUUUCUACUGAACACCUAACCUCUGACCCAGUGACUACUGUACCUGUUCAAAACACUCCUUCUACACCUUUACCAACUACAUCCAAUACCACAGUGCGUGUUUCUACUGAACAGCUGUCUACCAGACUCCUAACCUCUGACCCAGUGACUACUGUACCUGUUCAAAAACCAACUACAUCCAAUACCACAGUGCGUGUUUCUACUGAACACCUAACCUCUGACCCAGUGACUACUGUACCUGUUCAAAACACGACCUCAAUGCCUGUACCAACUACAUCCAAUACCACAGUGCGUGUUUCUACUGGACACCUAACCUCUGACCCACUGACUACUGUACCUGUUCAAAACACGACCUCAAUGCCUGUACCAACUACAUCCAAUACCACAGUGCGUGUUUCUACUGAACACCUAACCUCUGACCCAGUGACUACUGUACCUGUUCAAAAACCAACUACAUCCAAUACCACAGUGCGUGUUUCUACUGAACAGCUGUCUACCAGACUCCUAACCUCUGACCCAGUGACUACUGUACCUGUUCAAAAACCAACUACAUCCAAUACCACAGUGCGUGAUUCUACUGAACACCUAACCUCUGACCCACUGACUACUGUACCUGUUCAAAACACGACCUCGACGCCUGUACCAACUACAUCCAAUACCACAGUGCGUGUUUCUACUGAACAUCUAACCUCUGACCCAGUGACUACUGUACCUGUUCAAAUACCAACUACAUCCAAUACCACAGUGCGUGUUUCUACUGGACAGCUGUCUACCAGACUCCUAACCUCUGACCCAGUGACUACUGUACCUGUUCAAAAAACAACUACAUCCAAUACCACAGUGCGUGUUUCUACUGAACACCUAACCUCUGACCCAGUGACUACUGUACCUGUUCAAAUACCAACUACAUCCAAUACCACAGUGCGUGUUUCUACUGGACAUCUAACCUCUGACCCAGUGACUACUGUACCUGUUCAAAUACCAACUACAUCCAAUACCACAGUGCGUGUUUCUACUGGACAGCUGUCUACCAGACUCCUAACCUCUGACCCACUGACUACUGUACCUGUUCAAAACACUCCUUCUACACCUGUACCAACUACAUCCAAUACCACAGUGCGUGUUUCUACUGAACAGCUGUCUACCAGACUCUAA